AUGAGUAGCCCCAAUUGUGAAGAAAAGGUGCCAGAGGAGGAAUUGAAGAAGGCUGAAAUAUUAUGCAAAGAGCUAGACGAACUAAAAAUUCAAUACAAAGAGGUGAAGCAUGCAAAGGCAACCUCGAUUAAGGAUCUGCUAGAUAUGAAUUUAGAAAACUCGAAAAAUAUUAUAAAAAAUUUAUUCCUCAAAGAUAAAAAAAAAAAUUAUUUCUUCUUAUGCACAGUAAAUUGGAAAACAGUUGACUUAAAAUAUUUGUCCAGCAUUUUUAAAACGUCUAAUUUAAGAUUUGUUGAUGAAGGGAAUUUAAAAAGCAUGCUGAAUUUGCUGCCAGGUUGUUUAACUCCCCUUGCUUUGAAAUGUGACCAAGAAAAUAUUGUGAAGCUAUAUUUUGACGAGGAAUUGAAGAACAUGGAAGAUAUAAUUAUUCAUCCAAUGCAUAACUAUAGCAGCUUGUACAUGAAACAGGAAGACGUUGUAAAAUUUUGUGAGUUGCAUAACCACGCCCCGGAGUACAUCCACAUAGAGGAGGGGAAGGACAAAAUGAAGAAGGAGGACAUGCAGCUGGAGGAGGACAAAAUGGAGGGGCAAAAGGGGGGAAGCGGUGUAGGAAGUGGUGCGGGAAGCGGUAUGGGUGGCGGCGCGAACACGGGAAAGGACGACCAAGCGAAGGACGCCAACAUACUAGGAAUCACAGCCAAGAAAACGGCGAACUUCUCAGAAUGGUACACACAAGUGAUCGUAAAGAGCGAGCUGAUAGAAUACUACGACAUCUCCGGGUGCUACAUCCUCAGACCUGCUUCGUACUACAUAUGGGAAUGCGUGCAAACCUUUUUCAACAAAGAAAUAAAAAAGUUGGAUGUGGAAAAUUCAUAUUUCCCCCUCUUUGUAACGAAGAACAAAUUGGAGAGGGAAAAAAAUCACAUAGAGGGUUUUAGCCCAGAAGUUGCGUGGGUAACAAAAUAUGGUGAUUCCACCCUCCCUGAAGAAAUAGCCAUCAGGCCGACAAGCGAAACGAUUAUGUAUUCCGUUUUCUCCAAAUGGAUAAGAUCACACAGAGAUUUGCCCCUUAAACUGAAUCAAUGGAAUACGGUCGUUCGAUGGGAAUUUAAACAACCCACUCCAUUUAUCAGGACAAGAGAGUUUUUGUGGCAAGAAGGACAUACGGCUCAUAAAAAUGAAGAAGAAGCUGUCAAAAUGGUUUUUGACAUUUUGGAUUUGUAUAGAAGAUGGUACGAGGAAUGUUUAGCUGUUCCAAUUAUUAAAGGAAUAAAAAGUGAAGGGGAAAAAUUUGGAGGAGCCAAUUUUACGUCCACUGCAGAAGCUUUUAUAAGUGAAAAUGGACGAGCCAUCCAAGCAGCCACUUCACAUUAUCUAGGUACCAAUUUUGCAAAGAUGUUUAAAAUCGAAUUUGAAGAUGAAAAUGAAAAGAAGCAGUAUGUACAUCAGACCUCCUGGGGGUGUACCACCAGAUCGAUUGGAGUUAUGAUCAUGACCCAUGGGGAUGACAAAGGAUUAGUUUUACCACCCAAAGUUGCCAAAUUUAAAGUGGUCAUUGUGCCAAUCUUGUACAAAAACACGGAUGAAAAUGUUAUUUUUAACUAUUGUAAAGAUAUCGAGAAAGUACUGAAGAGUGCCCAAAUUAAUUGCAUUUUUGAUGACAGGGAUUUGUACUCUCCUGGGUAUAAAUUUAACCACUGGGAAUUGAGGGGAGUACCCAUAAGGAUUGAAGUAGGACCCAAAGAUAUUCAAAAUAAUUCUUGCCUUUGUGUAAGGAGAGAUACCAACGAAAAAUUCAAUGUGAAGAAAGAGUCCGUUUUGCUGGAAACACAACAGAUGCUUGUAGAUAUUCAUAAGAAGCUUUUCCUAAAAGCGAAAAAGAAAUUAGAUGAAUCCAUCGUUCAAGUGACCAGUUUCAGCGAAGUUAUGGAUGCCCUAAAUAGGAAGAAAAUGGUCCUAGCGCCAUGGUGUGAAGACAUAUCAACAGAGGACGAAAUAAAGAAAGAGACACAGAGAUUAUCUCAGAACCAGGCUAACACGGAGACCUCUCUCUCCGGAGCUAUGAAGCCUUUAUCCCACUUGUGGUAUUCUCAAAAUGUAAAUUACGUUAACAUAGAGUAUGCGUUCUAG